GAGGAAUUAGAUUGAUUAAUCAGUAUGGAGAUAGUGUUUUUUCUGAUUUCGUGCCUGUUGAUAUUUACAAAUCAUCAUCAUCAAUUCUGUUCAGAAGCGGCAACAUCCAAUCUGGAGUACCCAUAUCCAUUUAUGACAGCAGAUGCUCAAAAGGCAGCGUCAAGAUCAUAUGAUUACAUUGUAGUUGGAGGUGGUACAGCUGGAUGUCCCCUUGCAGCAACUCUCUCACAGCACUCCUCUGUUUUGGUAUUGGAGAGGGGAGACUCUCCUUACGGAAAUCCCGAUGUAGAGGACUAUAAAAACUUUUUCAAGCUUUUCGGGGAUCCCAAAGAUUAUCCCUAUGUAGCGCAGGGGUUUGUCUCGGAUGAUGGAGUGCAGUUGGCAAGGGCGAGAGUUCUAGGAGGCGGAACAGCUAUCAACUUUGGCUUCUACAGCAGAGCGAGCUCUGAAUAUAUUCAGAAUAUGAAAUGGGAUGAGAAACUUGUGAAUGAAUCGUAUGAAUGGGUAGAGAAGUUAAAUGUCUUCAAACAAGAAAAGCUUUUUCCUUGGAAUUCUGCUUUGAAGGAUGGUCUUCUUGAAGCAGGAGUUCUUCCUUACAAUGGAUAUACAUUGGAUCAUUUGGAGGGCACAAAAAUCAGUGGCUCAAUUUUUGACAAGAAUGGAAAGAGACACACAGCCGCAGAUCUUCUCCAGUUCGCAAAUCCAGAAAAUAUUGUAGUUCUUCUAAAUGCUACUGCAAGCAGAAUCCUCUUCAAUUUGGAAUCAGGAAAGCUUAAGGCUAGUGGAGUGGAGUUCACAAGCAAUAAUGAUGGCCUACCUUAUCAAGUACCACUUAAUCAAUUGUCAACUAAUAGUGAGGUGAUUUUAUCUGCGGGAUUCAUAGGUAGCCCUCAACUUCUCCUCUUAAGUGGAAUUGGUCCAAUAGAAGAGCUUAAAAAAUUGAAUAUUAGUGUCAUUUUAGAUUUACCUUUAGUAGGCAAAAAAGUUCAAGAUAAUCCUAGUGUAAGCUUCACUAUAGAAUCCCCAAAACCACUUGAGUUUGCUUAUGGACAAGUAGUGAGCAUUUUAGACCAUUCACAAGUCUACAUCGAGGGUGGUAGCUUUCCCCAACAAAAUAAUGGCACAAAUAUAGUAUAUAUAGGUCUUGUUCAAAGUAAGGUGGCAUUUCCCUUAUCAAGGGGUGAGCUUUUGCUUAAAAAUGUGGACCAUCAAGAUACGCCCUAUGUUUGUUACAAUUACUAUUCACACCCUUUUGAUCUACAAAAAUGUAUGCUUUCAGUGAAAGUAAUGAUUAAUCUAAGUAUGACAUCUUCUAUUCAAGAAUUUGCAUUUACCAAUAAUGGGCAAUCAAAAGCACUUCGAUUCUUUGGAACUGCGUUACCAAAAAACCAAUCAAAUAAUGAUGCCUUGGCCAAGUUUUGCAAUGAUACAAUAGGGACAUUUUACCAUAACCAUGGAGGAUGUCAAGUUGGUUUGGUCAUUGACAAAAGAUAUCGAGUGAUAGGUGUUGAUAAUUUAAGGAUUGUUGAUAAUUCAAUUUAUAAGGAUGCUCCUGGUACAAAUCCACAAGCCACUACAAUGAUGCUUGGAAGGUAUAUGGGAAUUCAAAUCCUUCAGAGCAUAUGAACAAGCUUGAAAAUAUUCCAAGAUCAUGAUGAGAUCAUUUGCAAACUUAUUAUAUUUCUUUUUAAUUAUUAUAGAGCUAAAUAAUACCAAUUAUGAUAAUAUAAUUGGUAACAUAUAUAAUUGUAAUUUCCAUAUUAUCUCUUCUUUCACAUCGAUAUAAAUAUAUUUUAAGAC